AUGGAGCCCCCCCCGGAGCGCGGUGACCCCGGGACCCCCCCAGGGGAGCCGGGACCCCUCCCCAAUAGCGGGGACCCCCCCCCGGGGGCUCUGGAGCUGCGGCUGCGGAGGGUGGAGCAGGAGCUGGCGCUGGUCAAGGCGGCGCUGGGGGAGACCCUGCGCAGGUUGGGGGGCUGCGACCCCCCCGGGGGGCUCGCCCCCCCGGAGCCCCCCCGGAGCAUCAGCGUGGGGACACAGACGGAGGAGCCCCCCCCGCCCCCUCCCCAGGAGCCCCCCGGGACUGGGGGGACCCCCCUGGAGCCGCCCCCGCCGGGGUCCCCCCCGUGUCCCCCCGCCCCGGGGUCCCCGGAGCCCCCGAACCCCGAAUCCCCCCCGGCGCCCCCCAGCCCGGCCCCGCGGGGACCCCGCAAAGAGCUGUGA